AUGGUAGAUGGCAACAUCCAUGUUACCCCUAUCAAGUAUGCAAGUGACUGGCCGCGCUGUUACAAAUCCGACUUGAUCGAUGAUCCCAGGCCAAGCCAGGCUGCAUUUGCACAGCUCUUCUACACCAUCGACGUGGCCGAGGGUCCCUACACACCAGCGACACUCACCUUCUGGGUCAAAGUCUUCCAGGAGUAUCCGCUGCCGGGCUCCAUCAGCGUCCGCUGCACCAAACGGAUCUUCCAUCCCAGCAUCGAUCCUCGAACUGGUGCCACGGCGCUACCAGGCUACGAUGCUGAGGUCGGAGACGUGACGCAGGAGGUUCGCUUGGCGUCCUUGCUGGCGUCACUGACGCAGAUGGCCGUAGACCUGGAACACAAGCUGUAG